AUGAGUUCUGAAAUCCAUGAUCAAAUCAAGGAUAAGUUUCUGUAGGUCUUCUCCAAGCGUUCCGACAUUAAUUAAACCAAGUCUUUGGAUGCUUUCCUCCUCCUAUCCAUCUUAGCCCUUUGGCCAUUGAUUGAAUCAACGGAUAAUCAAGAAUAUCAUAUGAGUCUCAGAAUCAUUCUAGUCUUCGUCGUAGCAAACAUCAUCAGAAAUACUAAAUCAGAAAGAAGAGACCAUCCUAAGAUUUUAGUUUAUUUGGGAAUCAGCCUCCAAUUAUUCAGCAAUCUAAUUUUUGUGUAUCAAGAAUAAAGGUAUAUUCGAAUAACCAUAUUUAUAAGCAACCAGCAUUGUCAAAAUUACCUAAUCACGAUUGCUUUCCUGAUACUAAUUUCAUCUAGAUUUCAAAUCCGUCAUAUUCGUGAAAUUACUUACUCAAUAUCUAUUAUAUCCUUAAUUACCUAGAUUUAUUUUCAAAAUCAAGUGUUCAUAAUAAUCAAGUAUUGUGUAAUUGCUGUGAUUGCAAUUGAAGGAAUUCAAUGGAGAACUCAAUUUUUGAAGAGAGAUUACAAAAGCAAGAUGGCUGAUUUUGCCAAAGAGUUGGAUCUAAUGAAGGAGUAUUACAAUGAAUAAAUAAUGAAAUUCUAAGAUUAUUAGGACAGUGAAGCUUAAUAAUAAUUAUCAUCCAGAGCAAAUGAUUUGUUAAAAAAGUUAAGAUUAAUCAAAUAUCAACAACUAUUAAUGAAAAAUAAUGCUUUUUAAAAAGGAAUUCGCAAACCAAAAAAAAUGAAUUCAGAAAUUCAUUAAAAUGCAUUCUCGCUUAAAUAAUUGCCUGAGGAGAAUGUACCAGAUGAAUAGAGUUCAAUUUAAUAAGAUAUUUCUAACCAUCAUUUUUAGAGUAUUUAAAAUGAUAAUCAGCCUCCACAGUUUAGAAGAAAAUCUCAAAGACUGAUGACGAGUGCAACUGAUUAAAAUUGCAGAAUCAAUGAGAGUUCUAACAGUCCAUCGUUCUCUGAGAAGAAUAUAGAGGAAAUGAAAAUAACCACUGAAGAUAUAGAUGAUCUAUUGAACUUGCUCUCGGGGAAAAAAGAGUCAAUUUGGCUUCCUAAAUUUCUACGGAGCAAUCAAUUAAUCAACGAGUAGGAAGGAUUCAGCGUGGAUGCCAAAUAGUAAUGAUUUCCUAUAUUAUUGGAUAGAUUCUUAUUAUCUCAUUUCACACAGAAGCAACCCUCGUUUGAAUACAUUUAGGACAUCCAGGACCAUGUUUAGGAGGAAGAGUUGGAGAGGAUAGAUUUUAAUGCAGACUUUCUUCAAUUUUAUAGGAACAAACCUUAAGACAACAAUCAAACGAGAAUCUUCUUUGAAAAUACUAUCACAUUUUUUAAGAGAUUCAAGAUUGCACAAACCUUUAAGAUCACUAAGCUCGAAUUGAUUAGAGAAUUCGCUCUAAAAGUGGACAUGUCUUAUCAUAAUAAUCUAUAUCACAAUUCUAUGCAUGCAUUAGAUGUAACAAAUUCAACAGGGUUCUUUUUGGAGAAUGGUGUAAAUGAAAUGCUGGAUGAAUUUGAAUAGGCUUGUUUGAUAAUUUCAUCUUUGGUACAUGAUAUUGGACAUCCAGGUCUGAAUAAUGGAUUUAUGAUGAGCAAUAGAUGUAAAUUAGCUAUGUUAUGUAAUGAAUAUAUGUAUAUAUGCUUAGACAAUGAUUAGAGUGUGCUUGAAAAUUAUCAUUCUUUUUUGUUGUUUCAGAUUCUCUCCCAGGAUCAAUUCAAUAUCAUUCAGAAUUUGGGAUAGGUAGAGUAGAAAGGAUUCAGAAAGUACUGUCUUAAUCUAAUCUUGGACACUGAUCUCACAAAACAUUUCCAAUUGAUGAAUAGGUUCUAAAAUUACUUAGAAUUGACAGAAUCUACAGAAAUGGAUAAAAACUUGUUGAUGUCCAUUUGUAUUAAAUGUGCAGGUAUGCAAUCAUCAUCCAUUUAAGAUGUUGGUCAUGGUGCCAAGAAAUUAUAAAUACACAAACUCUGGAGUCGUAGAAUAAUUGAGGAGUUCUUUUUGCAAGGAGAUUUAGAAUCAUAUUUGAAAGUGCCUGUGUCUCCCAUGUGCGACAGAAAGUAGUGUGUUACCAAGUCUCAGGAGGGAUUUCUAAAAGCUAUUGUCUUGCCAAUGUUCAAUGCAUUUGUUACUUUAUUGCAGAAGUACUUGAUAGUCUAACUCUGCAUAGCGAAAAGGUGGCACAAGUUUGUUUGGAGUAAAUUCAUGAGAACUUGAAGUAUUGGUAGGAGCAGAUUGAUGAUGUACAAUUUAUGAAAGAGACUCAGAUAGAGAUUCCAGGACUUGAAAAUUUGAAGAAAUUUUUGAAUUAGCCAUUAUAAUUAUGUGUUUGA